CUCCUCCUUCCUUCUAUCAUUCCCACAAGGCAGCAGGAGCAGAGAGCAGCCAUUGCUGUGUCUGGCAGCAGGUUACACAGUAGUGAAGAAGAUAUCCGGUGAGUGUGAGACACCGAGCAGCCAUCCCCGUGUGUCAGGAAGAAGAAAGACCCAGAGCCUCAUCUCGGUGCCUCCACCUCACUCACUGACACAUGACACAUUGACCAGAAGAUCCUGGAACUCACCAACAAGAUCAUUCAGCUGCUGACUGGAGAGGAGGGGGAGUAUAUAGAGGAACACAGGGGUCUAUACAAGGACGUGAUGAUGGAGAAUCACUGGCCCCUCACAUCACUGGAUGGGCCCAGUAACAGAGAUACCCCAGAGAGAUGUCUCCGUCCUCUGUAUUCCCAGUAUUGUACAGAGGAGAACCACAGGACCCCACAGGAGGAUCAGGUAGAACGUCUGUCUGAUAUUAAAAUAGAAGGUACAGAGGUAGAAGAAGAGACGUAUGUGACUGAUAUGAAGGCAGAAGAUAUAGAGGGAGAAGAAGAGACGUAUAUGACUGAUAUAAAGGCAGAAGAUAUAGAGGGAGAAGAAGAGACGUAUGUGACUGAUAUAAAGGGAGAAGAUAUAGAGGGAGAAGAAGAGACGUAUGUGACUUAUAUAAAGGCAGAAGAUAUAGAGGGAGAAGAAGAGACGUAUGUGACUGAUAUAAAGGCAGAAGAUAUAGAGGGAGAAGAAGAGACGUAUGUGACUGAUAUAAAGGCAGAAGAUAUAGAGGGAGAAGAAGAGACGUAUGUGACUGAUAUAAAGGCAGAAGAUACAGAAGGAGAAGAAGAGACGUAUGUGACUGAUAUAAAUGCAGAAGAUACAGAGGGAGAAGAAGAGACGUAUGUGACUGAUAUAAAGGCAGAAGAUAAAGAGGGAGAAGAAGAGACGUAUGUGACUGAUAUAAAGGUAGAAGAUAUAGAGGGAGAAGAAGAGACGUAUGUGACUGAUAUGAAGGCAGAAGAUAUAGAGGGAGAAGAAGAGACGUAUGUGAGGGGUGAUCAGCUGUGUAAGGAGGAGGAGAUCCCUACAGAUAUCAGCACAGCAGAUGGACACACAAGCAGGAAUAUCUCAGAAGGACAACUAAUGUUAUCCCCGGAUUGUGACAUAAAAGAUAAUGACAGUAGACAGGAUUCUCCAGGAGAUAAUCCCAUUACCCCAAUUAUACAUCCAGCUCUAUCAGCUGAUCCCCCUGAUCCUGGGAAAUGUUCUCCUGAUCACUCUGAUAUUGGUGCAUCUGUUACAGCUCUGACAGUAGAUACAGAGUUUCCAUGUUCUAUAGAUGCCAAAUGUUUUACACAGAACACAAAGCCUAUUACCCAUCAUCCAGCUAAGGCAUGUGAGAGGCCACUGAUAUGUUCUGAGUGUGGGAAAUGUUUUACAAAGAAAUCAGCUCUUGUUACACAUCACAGAAGUCACACAGGUGAGAAGCCGUUUUCCUGUUCUGAGUGUGGGAAAUGUUUUACACAGAAAUCAGCUCUUGUUACACAUCAGAGAAGUCACACAGGUGUGAAGCCGUUUUCCUGUUCUGAGUGUGGGAAAUGUUUUGCAUUGAAAUCAGUUCUUGUUAAACAUCAGAAUAGUCACUCAGGUGAGAAGCCGUUUUCCUGUUAUGAGUGUGGGAAAUGUUUUGCAUGCAACUCAAAUCUUGCUACACAUCAGAGAAGUCACACAGGUGAGAAGCCGUUUUCCUGUUCUGAGUGUGGGAAAUGUUUUGCACGCAACUCAAAUCUUGCUACACAUCAGAGAAAUCACACAGGUGAGAAGCCGUUUUCCUGUUCUGAGUGUGGGAAAUGUUUUGCAUGGAAAUCAGAUCUUGUUACACAUCAGAGAAGUCACACAGGUGAGAAGCCGUUUUCCUGUUCUGAGUGUGGGAAAUGUUUUACAAAGAAAUCAGCUCUUGUUACACAUCAGAGAAGUCACACAGGUGAGAAGCCGUUUUCCUGUUCUGAGUGUGGGAAAUGUUUUACACAGAAAUCAGUUCUUGUUACACAUCAGAGAAGUCACACAGGUGUGAAGCCGUUUUCCUGUUCUGAGUGUGGGAAAUGUUUCGCAUUUAAAUCAGUUCUUGUUAAACAUCAGAAUAGUCACUCAGGUGAGAAGCCGUUUUCCUGUUCUGAGUGUGGGAAAUGGUUUACACAGAAAUCAUCUCUUGUUACACAUCAGAGAAGUCACACAGGUGAGAAGCCGUAUUCCUGUUCUGAGUGUGGGAAAUGUUUCACACAGAAAUCACAUCUUGUUACACAUCAGAGAUGUCACACAGGUGAGAGGCCAUUUCCAUGUUCUGAGUGUGGAAAAUGUUUUACCUGGAAAUCACAACUUGUUAUACAUCAGCGAAGUCACACAGGUGAGAGGCCAUUUCCAUGUUCUGAGUGUGGGAAAUGUUUUGCACUCAAAUCAGGUCUUGUUAGACAUAACAAAAGUCACAUAGGUGAGAAGCCAUUUUCUUGCUCUGAGUGCGGGAAAUGUUUUAUCCGGAAAUCACAACUUGUUACACAUCAGCGAAGUCACACAGGUGAGAUGUCAUUUGCAUGUUCUGAGUGUGGGAAAUGUUUUGCACUCAAAUCAGAUCUUGUUAGACAUAACAGAAGUCACACAGGUGAGAAGCCAUUUUCUUGCUCUGAGUGUAGGAAAUGUUUUAUCCGGAAAUCACAACUUGUUAUACAUCAGAGAAGUCACACAGGUGAGAGGCCAUUUCCAUGUUCUGAGUGUGGGAAAUGUUUUGCAUGCAAAUCAGAUCUUGUUAUACAUCAGAGAAGUCACACAGGUGAGAAACCAUUUUCUUGCACUGAAUGUGGGAAAUGUUUUGCACAAAAAUCACAACUUGUUACACAUCAGCGAAAUCACACAGGUGAGAAGCCAUUUUCUUGCUCUGAGUGCCGGAAAUGUUUUAUCCGGAAAUCACAACUUGUUACACAUCAGCGAAGUCACACAGGUGAGAAGCCAGUUCCAUGUUCUGAGAAAUAAAUCAGCUCUUGUUGCAUGCAAUAGACCACUCAGGUGAGGAACCAUUUCAGUAUUCUGGAGUAUACUACUUAGUGCCAUGCAUUGUUCUUCAAGGUUCUUAUCCUAUCUCCUAUGCUUUUUGCAAUAUACAUGCUACCACUGCUAUGUCGAUGACCUGUCUCUUGCUCCAGGUACUGAGAACCCAGUACCAAUCCUAAAUGGUUGUCUAGCUGAGCUCCAGGUGUGGGUUAUGCCAGUUGGCUGUGACUCAGUCCUGGUGAAACAGGUCCAUAUAAUAGAAGCUCACCAACAAAGGGCAGGGCUACAACUCAGCUUUGUUACCAACCAGACUUACGCUUGGGGGUUCAGAGUUACAAAAUGCUGAUCAUGUGCAGAAUCUUGGUGUCCUGGAUGGUGGAGUGACAUUUAGACACCAGGUAUCAGCCACAAUCAGAUCCUCAUCUGAGGAACAUAGCCAGACUCCAGCACUUUAUUCCCUCAGAAGAUCUACCUACAGUAAUACAUGCACUUGUAUCAUCACGCAUAGACUACUGCAAUGGCCUCUACCUGGGUCUCCCAGCAAUAGAAUUGCACCGGUUGUAGCUUGUACAGAAUGCAGCAGCCAGGCUGUUACCUAUCCAGCCCGUUCCUGCCACGUAACACCCAUUCUCUGCUUCCUUCACCGGCUGCCUGUAAGAUGGUGACUCUGGGCCUAAUUCAGGUUGGACUACAGUGUGUGAUCCAAAUGGAAUUAUUCAGAAAAAGUUGUGGAUGCAUGCGCAGCGACCAUCCUGCACAUGCGUCUGCAUUCUCUAUGGGGGGGCUGCAGACAAUGCGAUUACUUCUUGUUAAUCAGGCAGAGGCGGUCACGGGGUGGGGGUAAUGCUCCAUUUCCAGGGAGAAGAUGGAGCAUUGCAAGUGUGGUGCGGCGAGAAAGGGAGGUGGACAAACAGGGGUGAGAUCACGGUGGCAUCACACGCAGCCAUCGCAAUCAAGAAGAAUGCGGUAGGGAUCCUGCGGGCACAGCUAAGCUGGCAAGAUGCUUCACUAAUUUCUAAGAUGAAGCAGAAAUUGUGAAGCGAUCGUAAUUUCUGCUUCAUCAAGGGGCAAGGUGCCGGCCAGCAUACUGGGCGGCCUUGCCUUGCGAUGGACGGCCCCCUGCACGCUAGAAAAAGGAUUGCUAAUUAGCAUCUGCUAUCCUUACUGACUUACAGAAUCUUACUGACUCUCCCAGCCCUACAUGACCAGGGUCCAUGUAUCAGAAGCAGCUUCUGCCUCCUUACUGACUUACAGUAGGCCUCUAUUACAUAAUCUUACUGACUCUCCCAGCCCUACAUGACCAGGGUCCAUGUACCAGAAGCAGGUUCUGCCUCCUUACUGACUUACUGUAGGCCCCUAUUACACAAUCUUACUGACUCUCCCAGCCCUACAUGACCAGGGUCCAUGUACCAGAAGCAGCUUCUGCCUCCUUACUGACUUACUGUAGGACCCUAUUACAUAAUCUUACUGACUCUCCCAGCCCUACAUGACCAGGAUCCAUGUACCAGAAGCAGCUUCUGCCUCCUUACUGUAGGCACCUUAUUACAUAAUCUUACUGACUCUCCCAGCCCUACAUGACCAGGGUCCAUGUACCAGAAGCAGCUUCUGCCUCCUUACUGGCUUACUGUAGGCCCCUAUUACAUAAUCUUACUGACUCUCCCAGCCCUACAUGACCAGGGUCCAUGUACCAUAAGCAGCUUCUGCCUCCUUACUGACUUACUGUAGGCCCCCUAUUACACAAUCUUACUGACUCUCCCAGCCCUACAUGACCAGGGUCCAUGUACCAGAAGCAGCUUCUGCCUCCUUACUGACUUACUGUAGGCCCCUAUUACAUAAUCUUACUGACUCUCCCAGCCCUACAUGACCAGGGUCCAUGUACCAGAAGCAGCUUCUGCCUCCUUACUGACUUACUGUAGGCACCCUAUUACAUAAUCUUACUGACUCUCCCAGCCCUACAUGACCAGGAUCCAUGUACCAGAAGCAGCUUCUGCCUCCUUACUGUAGGCACCUUAUUACAUAAUCUUACUGACUCUCCCAGCCCUACAUGACCAGGGUCCAUGUACCAGAAGCAGCUUCUGCCUCCUUACUGGCUUACUGUAGGCCCCUAUUACAUAAUCUUACUGACUCUCCCAGCCCUACAUGACCAGGGUCCAUGUACCAUAAGCAGCUUCUGCCUCCUUACUGACUUACUGUAGGCCCCCUAUUACACAAUCUUACUGACUCUCCCAGCCCUACAUGACCAGGGUCCAUGUACCAGAAGCAGCUUCUGCCUCCUUACUGACUUACUGUAGGCCCCUAUUACAUAAUCUUACUGACUCUCCCAGCCCUACAUGACCAGGGUCCAUGUACCAGAAGCAGCUUCUGCCUCCUUACUGACUUACUGUAGGCACCCUAUUACAGAAUCUUACUGACUCUCCCAGCCCUACAUGACCAGGGUCCAUGUUCCAGAAGCAGCUUCUGCCUCCUUACUGACUUACUGUAGGCCCUGUUACACAAUCUUACUGACUCUCCCAGCCCUACACGACCAGGGUCCAUGUACCAGAAGCAGCUUCUGCCUCCUUACUGACUUACUGUAGGCCCCUAUUACACAAUCUUACUGACUCUCCCAGCCCUACAUGACCAGGGUCCAUGUAUCAGAAGCAGCUUCUGCCUCCUUACUGACUUACAGUAGGCCUCUAUUACAUAAUCUUACUGACUCUCCCAGCCCUACAUGACCAGGGUCCAUGUACCAGAAGCAGGUUCUGCCUCCUUACUGACUUACUGUAGGCCCCUAUUACACAAUCUUACUGACUCUCCCAGCCCUACAUGACCAGGGUCCAUGUACCAGAAGCAGCUUCUGCCUCCUUACUGACUUACUGUAGGCCCCUAUUACAUAAUCUUACUGACUCUCCCAGCCCUACAUGACCAGGGUCCAUGUACCAGAAGCAGCUUCUGCCUCCUUACUGACUUACUGUAGGCCCCUAUUACAGAAUCUUACUGACUCCCAGCCCUACAUGACCAGGGUCCAUGUACCAGAAGCAGCUUCUGCCUCCUUACUGACUUACUGUAGGCCCCUAUUACAUAAUCUUACUGACUCUCCCAGCCCUACAUGACCAGGGUCCAUGUACCAGAAGCAGCUUCUGCCUCCUUACUGACUUACAGUAGGCCCCUAUUACAUAAUCUUACUGACUCCCAGCCCUACAUGACCAGGGUCCAAGUACCAGAAGCAGCUUCUGCCUUCUUACUGACUUACUGUAGGCCUCUAUUACAUAAGCUUACUGACUCUCCCAGCCCUACAUGACCAGGGUCCAUGUACCAAAAGCAGCUUCUGCCUCCUUACUGACUUACUGUAGGCACCCUAUUACAUAAUCUUACUGACUCUCCCAGCCCUACAUGACCAGGGUCCAUGUACCAGAAGCAGCUUCUGCCUCCUUACUGACUUACUGUAGGCCCCUAUUACACAAUCUUACUGACUCUCCCAGCCCUACAUGACCAGGGUCCAUGUAUCAGAAGCAGCUUCUGCCUCCUUACUGACUUACUGUAGGCCUCUAUUACAUAAUCUUACUGACUCUCCCAGCCCUACAUGACCAGGGUCCAUGUAUCAGAAGCAGCAUCUGCCUCCUUACUGACUUACAGUAGGCCUCUAUUACAUAAUCUUACUGACUCUCCCAGCCCUACAUGACCAGGGUCCAUGUACCAGAAGCAGGUUCUGCCUCCUUACUGACUUACUGUAGGCCCCUAUUACACAAUCUUACUGACUCUCCCAGCCCUACAUGACCAGGGUCCAUGUACCAGAAGCAGCUUCUGCCUCCUUACUGACUUACUGUAGGCCCCUAUUACAUAAUCUUACUGACUCUCCCAGCCCUACAUGACCAGGGUCCAUGUACCAGAAGCAGCUUCUGCCUCCUUACUGACUUACUGUAGGCCCCUAUUACAGAAUCUUACUGACUCCCAGCCCUACAUGACCAGGGUCCAUGUACCAGAAGCAGCUUCUGCCUCCUUACUGACUUACUGUAGGCCCCUAUUACAUAAUCUUACUGACUCUCCCAGCCCUACAUGACCAGGGUCCAUGUACCAGAAGCAGCUUCUGCCUCCUUACUGACUUACAGUAGGCCCCUAUUACAUAAUCUUACUGACUCCCAGCCCUACAUGACCAGGGUCCAUGUAUCAGAAGCAGCUUCUGCCUCCUUACUGACUUACAGUAGGCCUCUAUUACAUAAUCUUACUGACUCUCCCAGCCCUACAUGACCAGGGUCCAUGUAUCAGAAGCAGCUUCUGCCUCCUUACUGACUUACAGUAGGCCUCUAUUACAUAAUCUUACUGACUCUCCCAGCCCUACAUGACCAGGGUCCAUGUACCAGAAGCAGGUUCUGCCUCCUUACUGACUUACUGUAGGCCCCUAUUACACAAUCUUACUGAUUCUCCCAGCCCUACAUGACCAGGGUCCAUGUACCAGAAGCAGCUUCUGCCUCCUUACUGACUUACUGUA